CUGUCCAAGAGCAAGGGCUAUGAGCACUGUAACACACCUGUCCAAGAGCAAGGGCUAUGAGCACUGUAACACACCUGUCCAAGAGCAAGGGCUAUGAGCACUGUAACACACCUGUCCAAGAGCAAGGGCUAUGAGCACUAUGGCACACCUGUCCAAGAGCAAGGGCUAUGAGCACUGUAACACACCUGUCCAAGAGCAAGGGCUAUGAGCACUGUAACACACCUGUCCAAGAGCAAGGGCUAUGAGCACUGUAACACACCUGUCCAAGAGCAAGGGCUAUGCGCACUGUAACACACCUGUCCAAGAGCAAGGGCUAUGAGCACUAUGGCACACCUGUUGCUGUUGAGUUUUUUUAUGUAAAUCUUUUGGAGCAUCAUAAAAACUCUGACCUGUUGAGGUAGAUUAUUUCAGGGUGAGCUAAAGCAGAUCUCAUCUGGAAAACCUGUCAAUUCUGAGCAGAAUUAUCUGGAUGGAUAGAUAGCACUCUUAGGAUCGAAAACAAUGUCUCUCGUUUUUGCAAUUUUCUUCCCGCACGUGUAUUUCAAAUAAACAUAAUACCUCAUGUAAAUAAAACAGCAUUGGAGUCGCUGUAAGGUGUAUUUCUUCAGUUUGAAGGAGGUAGACUCUUGACUCCUAUAGGCAUCAAGUCUUUAUGCUAAACUAACAUGCUAACAUGGAAACCAAGCCAGUGAAUGCAAAAAAAUGAAAAUGAAAUCAAACAUCUCUGUCAUCUCUGUGAAACAAGUCUGGGUAAGUCAGAAAAAAAAGUAUAUUUCCCAAAAUGUUGGUGCAUUCCUUUAAAUAUUUGAGUGAUUGUUUGUAUUUCGAUUUGAUAUGUUGAAUUAUUUGAUUUGAACACAUUAUUUAUUUCUGUGAUUUUUUUUGAGUGGUGAUUUACACUGUUUUAUUGACAUGUUUAUCCUGACCCAUGUGCUUGGCGUGUGCUUGUCAUGUGGUGGUGUGUGCUUGGCGUGUGCUUGGCGUGUGGUGGUGGUGUGUGCUUGGCGUGUGGCUGUGUGUGCUUGGCGUGUGCUUGGCGUGUGGUGGUGUGUGCUUGGCAUGUGUUUGGCAUGUGUGUGUGGCGUGUGCUUGGCGUGUGGUGGGGUGUGCUUGGCGUGUGGUGGUGUGUGGUUGGCGUGUGCUUGGCGUGUGGUGGUGUGUGCUUGGCAUGUGUUUGGCGUGUGUGUGUGGCGUGUGCUUGGCGUGUGGUGGGGUGUGCUUGGCAUGUGUUUGGCGUGUGUGUGUGGUGUGUGAUUGGCGUGUGGUGGGGUGUGCUUGGCGUGUGGUGGGGUGUGCUUGGCAUGUGUUUGGCGUGUGUGUGUGGCGUGUGCUUGGCGUGUGGUGGGGUGUGCUUGGCGUGUGGUGGCAUCUCAGAGCUGCCCACGUGCCUGCUGUGCGUGUGUCUGACAGGCUCGGUCUACUGCGAGGAGGUUCUGCCAGACAUGACAGCCGUGCCCCCGUUACCAAAGGAGACCUCCUACCUCUAUGCCCGCUACAACCACAUCGCCAAGAUCGGCAACGCAGACUUCGCUGACUCCCCCACGCUGAAGAGGAUUGAUCUGACAGGAAACAUGAUCUCAGAGAUCGAGGACGGUGCAUUCUCCAAGCUGCUUCUGCUGGAGGAGCUGGCACUGGCGGAGAACAGGCUGGUCAGACUCCCCAUGCUGCCCCCCGCGCUCACCACCUUCAACGCCAACCACAACCAGCUCAGGACCAAGGGCCUGAAGGCCAACGCCUUUAAGAAGCUGACGAAGCUGGCGUACCUGUACCUGGGAGACAACCAGCUGGAGGCCGUGCCGCACCUGCCUGAGAGCCUGCGUGUGGUACACCUGCAGAACAACAACAUCACAGCCAUCACUGACAUGACCUUCUGCAAAGGCAACACCACCCGUUACCUGCGCACCAAGAUGGAUGUGGUCCGAUUGGACGGGAACCCCGUGGGCCUGGGAGUGUACCCCAACAGCUUCAUAUGCCUGCGCACGCUGCCUAUUGGACGGUACUACUGAGCCAGCGCUGCUUGCAUCAUGACAGGAAAUGGCUGAGGCCACCUACCUCCACCACUUCCUUCUGUGACUAUUAUUUUGGGCCAAAAACUUUGUAUGCAUACAUAUUGUAGAUGCCAAGGGGCAUUCAAAUUAACUGCAAAUUCUGAAAGCGCAGUUUUAGUUUCUUGCAGCACAAGAGAUUGAGCCUCUGAAUCUAAGACCAUGGUAUCAUUUCAGUCAUAUUAGCACCAGGUCAUGAUAUCACAUUACGGUCUUUGUGCUAAUGGUGCUAGUGCUAAUGUGGAGAAUUACAUUUUUUAAAGAAAUCAACGCUGGUAUAAAUCAUGUCCCAGAUAUUACCUCCCUGGACAUGUGGAGUUAAACUUUGAACUUGCCAGAAUUCUGUGAAUUGCCUUCACUUCAACUGUUUUUCAUUUUAAAAGCAAAGUAUUAAUGUGCAUAAAUGUUCUUCUGUGCAGUAAUCAAUGAGGCACAGCAGUGUUCCUUAUCUACAAAAUAGUUAUUAGUUAGUUAGCUGCGAAAUCCAAUAAUAGACUUCAAAUAAUAAUAAUUAUAUUUCUUAGAAUUACUACUUAUCUGUACCAAUGAAAGGUGAUUGUACUUGUGUCAUUCAUCUUUAAAUAAAUGACAUUUUCUAACUUGA